CAGCACUCGGUUUCCUCGCCUCUGAUUGGUCACUGAAGGUGCGGACGCCAAACCAAGAUGGCGCCGACCCAGGUGGAGCAUGUUGUCGCGGACGCUGGAGCGUUUUUAAAGCAAGCUCCGCUGCAGGAGUUCGGCCAGAACAUCUACACCCUGAGAGAGGUUCUGGACGAGAUCAGAGACCGAGCCACCAGGAGGAGCCUGGCCUUCCUGCCGUACCAGCUCACCUUCAAGGAGCCGCACCCAGAACACAUCAGAACCGUGACGGAGUUCUCCAAGAAGACCGGAGACUACCCGAGCCUGUCCGCCACCGACAUCAAGGUUCUGGCUCUGACCUACCAGCUGGAGCUGGAGCACGUUGGAUCGCAGCACCUGAAGACAGAACCGCAGCUCAAGGUGAACAUUCAGAGCACGCAGCGCCACCCAGAGGCUCCGGUGAACAUCGCAGGGUUCCACUUGCCCUCUAAGAGGUCCGCAGAGGCCCAGAACCCGGGACCGACUCAGACGGACACGGACCGGUCCGGCCAGUCGGACCGGUUCAACAGCUUCCAGUUCUGGAGGGAUCCGCUGCCCUGCAUCCAGAAAGACCUGCUGGACCUGCUGGGUCCGACAGAGUCCGUGAAGACGGACCGCAGACAGACGGACACGCAGGCGUCCUGCGAGACGGCAGAACUUUUCAACAGCUUCCAGUUCUGGAGAGAUCCGCUGCCCAGCAUCGACGACGACCUGCUGGCUCUACUGGACGUGGGCGGAGCCUCACCAUCUACGGCGGAGGGGGCGGGCCCAGCGGCGGCAGAGGACCAAUCAGACGACGAGGAUAAAGAGAACGAACCCAAUGAGGAGGAGGAGGAGGAGGAGGAAGGUGGUUCUGGAGGCUGGAUCACUCCCAGCAACAUCAGACAGGUGAAGAUGCAGUCAGCUGAUUGGACGGAAGCGGCGGACGUCAGAGUCGGGUGUCUGACCACCGACUUCGCCAUGCAGAACGUUCUGAUCCAGAUGGGCCUCCAUGUUCUGUCUGUGAACGGCUUGGUGAUCAAGCAGGCCAGGAACUACGUUCUCAGGUGUCACGCCUGCUUCAAGACGACCAGCAACAUGAACAAGUUCUUCUGUCCUCACUGCGGGAACCCGACCCUGAAGAAGCUGGCCGUGACCAUCGGCGCCGACGGCGGCGUUCUCAUGCACUUCUCCAAGAACCCCAAAGUUCUGAACCCCCGAGGGCAGCGGCACUCUCUGCCGCUGCCGCGGGGCGGGAAGCACGCCAGCAACCCUCAGCUGGUGGAGGACCAGCGCUUCCCCCAGCAGCGGCUCUCCAGGAAGGCCCGGCAGAAGACGGACGUCUUCGACCCGGAUUACCUGGCCGGAACCGCGCCGUUCUGCCAGAACGACGUCUACAGCCGGGCCGCCAACCUGCAGAUCCGAGACGGGCAGAGCGGCGGCGGCAGGAGGCGGGCCAACCCCAACGCCGCCCGCAGGAAGUUCGUCAAGAAGAAGUGACCAUCGCCUUCCUGUUGGUCUGGACUCGCACAGAACCAGAACCACAGUGACAGUUUGGAACCAGGUUCUGUGUGGCAUCAGUACCGUGUGACCCAAUAAAACGCUUCUGCUUCCUGAAGCGUUCAGGAGGUUCCGUAGUUUCGGGUCACUACCGGGUCAGUAGAGCAGAACUUGGUGGAUCUGUCCUUUUCCCCUUGCCUUGUCGGUUCUGUUCAGAACUAAAUGUAUUAUUGUUAAACUGUCUGAUUUAAUUAUUAAACACCAGAACCUG